AUGUCCAUCGCACCGAUUAUUACAUUCAAAGCGGGUAUCUGUGACCUUGAUACGUCCAGUGAAAACCCCGUAGUGAAGCCAAAGACAACACCGGGAUAUAUCUAUCUCUAUUCAGAGGAUGAUUUGGUACAUUUCUGCUGGCGCCCUCGGUCUGUUCCUCACACGGAACCGGAGUUGGACCUGGUGAUGGUUCCAUCGGAUGGAAGCUUUUUACCCUACAAACCAGCUGGCAACGAUAAGCCCACAAACGGUCGCAUAUAUGUAUUGAAGUUUUCUUCUAGCUCCCAGCGGUAUCUCUUCUGGUUGCAGUCCAAGUCCCAACACGAGAGCGGCGAUGCUAGCUGGUUCAGCACUAGGGAUCUCAAACUUGGAGAAAUCGUCAACACCUUACUCCAGGGUGAGGAGGUAGAUGUGGAGGAUGAAAUCGCCAAUUUGCCGUCCGGUCCCACUGGCGGCGACGAUGACGAGACCAUGGAGGACGUGGAAGGCGUCGAUCACGACCCGAAUCAUAGCCGCGGGGGUAACAGCGGAGGAGCGGGGCCCGAUGCAACCGGCGGAGAUAUUAGGGAAGAAGGACAAGAGUCAAGAGAAGGCGGCGCUGAUGGCGGAAGAGCGGAAAGAGAUGGCUCUGAUCCGUCGUCGGUGGUGCAGAAUUUCUUGCAGUCUUUACAAGGAAAAUCCAGACAGUCCCAGGACCCUGAUAGACCAUUCACUACGCUACAAGAUCUCCUUUCACCAUCAGCUACUUUGCCUUUUGUUGAAUCCGCGGAUGCCAAGACUGUCGACAAUCUCCUGAGCUUUUUACCACCAACGCUUCUCCUCCUGUCACAAGAUGUAGGAGAUGUGCCUUCCGAGGAUAGCUCUGAACUUGCCAAUGCAGUCAUGGAAUCUCUGGACCUCUCGCAGAAGAAGGGCAUUCUUCGCAAAGUUUUACACUCGCCUCAGUUUACGCAGAGCCUUGCGAGUUUGACGAUGGCUAUAAGAGAUGGUGGUCUACCAAGUAUCAGCGAGGCGCUGAAAAUCCCCGUUGAGAAUGGAGGGUUUAUGCGUAGGGGAGGGGUUCCCCUGGGCGGUGGUGAUGCUGUUGAGACAUUUCUGCAAGGCGUUCGGGAUUAUGUCAAGGACUCGAAUGGCAAUGAGAUGGAGACUGAUUGA